AAUUGGGUUUUGUUAAUAGGGACGUGUAAGUGCCUCCCGGGAUUGGACGGUUCAAAGGAUUGAUGACCAUCACACUGAAGUUAAAUAUGGCGCUGCUGGCGAGUCUUUGAAUGUUGUUAAUUUGGUUGAGCGAAAGUGCACAUGUCGGCGUUUCGAUGUCGAGAAAAUACCAUGUGUACACGCAAUCGCAGCUGCAGAGGAAAGAAAUGUUUCUCGAAUAUCACUGUGCAGUCCUUACUAUAAAAGCACUUAUUUAGCUAGCGCAUACGCUGAAUCGGUCAUGCCGGUUGACUCAGCGCUACCUGUUCCAGAUAACGUGGCUAACGUACAGUGCUUUCCACCGUUUAUUCGUCAACAACCGGGAAGACCUAAAAAAAAUAGGAUGAAAUCUGCUUUAGAAGUUGCACUUGCAAACAAACGUCCUAGGAAAGAGCACAUAUGUUCUCGUUGCAGUCAAAGUGGACAUAAUGCGAGAACUUGUCCGAUAUAAGCAAUUGCUUUUCAUGUUGUUUUGUAAUACGGCUGGGUUUUGUGUUGUAAUACGGCUGGGUUUUGUGUUGUAAUACGGCUGGGUUUUAUUUUCAUUGAUUUGCACAACGGCUGGAUUAUUAUUUGUAAUACGGCUGGGUUUUGUGUUGUAAUACGGCUGGGUUUUUUUGUAUGUGGUUGGGUUUUUAUUUUCAUUGAUUUGCCCGCUUCCCAUUACUCAAGAGAGACACAGACAUCGAAAAACGAAAUGUCCGUACUUAAUUGCCCUACGUUACGUAAUAGCCCCUACGUAAUUAUUGAUUAUAAAGUGGAAUACGAAAGUAGCGAAUUAAAUUAAGAGAAAUUAAUCUUCAUUGGCUGAGAUAAUGUUACUCACACGCCUAAUAAUUGUCGUGAUUUCUAAUGUCAGCUCUUUUAUUCAAACGCAGUUGAAAAAAACUUCCCCGCUAGAAACACGAAACGUCGCGAAGUCAAUUAAGGCUGAGUUAUUGUAAUACACGGCUGAGUUAUGGAUUAAAUUCCCGCUCAAAAUAAGAAAUAAGAAACGCCGCGAUACGAAACUACAACCGUUAACUGCAGAUAAAUAAGGUACUUCUCAAACAAUUACACAUCUUCAACUCUCUAUCUUUUACACAACUGUCCUCUCAGAGAAAAUGGAAUAUUUCCCUCUGCUUGAAUUGCCUGAAGAUCUUCAGGCAAUGGUGGUUGAGCGUGUGGCCCGUAACUCCUUCCAAGAUCUCUACCGCCUCAGAGCAUCGUCCAGGUCGAUGAAGGCGUUAGCAGAGAUGCGUAGGGUAUACCAUUAUUUCGAUGUGUUAUCCUUUCCCUGGGGUCUCAUUAUGCCAUCUCAGUUGUUGAAAACUUGCUACGCUGAGAACAAUCCAAGCACAAUUUAUGUAAAGGGUGUACAGUUUUUCUACUCAUACGAUGAGCAAGAUUAUGGCCUUUCUCUCCUCAAGCGUGCAGCAGAUGCAGGAUAUGAGCGUGCAGUGUAUACACACGCUAUGACUGAAGCAAUCUUUUACGGUGAUGCGCAGUAUUUUCGGAGAAUUCCAAGAGCAACUGUUGACAGGGUCGGGAAACUUGUUCGAGAUGCGAAAUGGGGAUGGGGUUUGUGGCAUACUGACGAGUUCCGUCAAAUUAAGGCCAUGUUCACUUCUACUUAUGUUCCGUCCUUCUACCUUUGCCAAUGUGCAAAUGUUGUGGACCGACAAUGUCUCUGCCUAUGGCACAUUGAUGUGACUAAAGACGACAACAUGUGUGAGCGCUGUUUCUGGAUCAAAGAGAUUUCCUUGUUCUUUCGUGAUUUUGAACCGAUAAGCCUGUUUAGGGACACAAGUAAGUGGUGAAGAUGUCUCUGCAUCAGAAUCUUAUCUUUUUUAUGUUUUUUGCUAUGCCAUUAUGUAUGUCGAACAAAAAAAUUAUAUAUUCUGUUUUUAUGGCUGACUUAUUUUCUUAUGGCUGAGUUAUUUUCAUCUUAUGGCUGACUUAUUUUCAUCUUAUUGUAAUACACGGCUGAGUUUUGAUUGUUUUUUGAUUGUUAGAAAUAUGACUGUUUUUUGAUUGUUCACCUAAACGUUAAGACUGAUAUUAUUACAUGUUACGGCUGAGUUGGGUUGUUUCGGAAGAAAUUAACAACGGCUGAGUUAAAUCCCAUUUACAUAAACAUAGACUGACUUAUGAGUACAGAAUCUGAGUAAACAAAGAAGUAGUUGUAGCAACUAAUACAUUUAAGACUUCAUCCUAAGACAUUCAAUAAUUUUUAUGAUCUCAGUUAUGUCUUUCUUCAUAUCAUCUAAUUCUGCUUUUAUAGCGGCCAAAUCCUGCUCUAUCGUCGCGAGUUUGUUUGCCACAACUACAAACUCUUCAUCAUGUGCUUCAUCAAGCCAUUUGAAAACAUGGUUUUGACCCGAAUUUGCUCCACAUCGAUAAAAUCUUCUACCCGGAUUCUUUAUUGUACCUGACGUUAACACAAUGGUAGCAGCUCCACAGUCGCACGUCCUUGGAAUUCCACGCUGUAGAUCCAUCUAAUUUAUACAUCAUAGCACACAAAAAUAAUGCAAAAUCGAACAAGGCCAAAAUACAAAAAAUAAUUCAAAAUCGAUUUUGGACGAAAGAGACUUACUUUAGGUUUUAGAAGUCGACUCUGGUUUUUCCUUUAUCUUUUACUUGUAAAUAUUGGAAAUAUAAUAGGGAAAUCAUAUUAAAUAUAAAGAUCACGCGUGUCCAAAUAAAAUAAACAUAUAAUGACCUCGAUAUCGUAAAUUACUCGGACAUGCGUGUCAGGACAUAACUCGACACUGAGUUAAAUUAUGUUACAGCUGAGUUUUAUUCUUCGGCAUUAUUAAUUAUUAACAAUGUUACGGCUGAGUUAUAUUUUCCGGCAUUAUUUACUUUACACAAGGAAAAAAAAAGAAAUCAUUUUCGUCCCAACGCGAAAAAAAAGAAAAGCUCUCGACGACAGGCGAUUUCGAAGCGUCUCGAUACGAAGAUGCCUAAUUCGCACAAACCUCAUUUCUUGAAGCCUCUGCUUCCCGAUUUCCACAGUGGCGUGACAAUACCACUUGGCUUCUUCUCACAACACAUAGAAGGGAAGACAAACCGGAAAACAUGGAAACUAAGAUCGGACGCUACAGAUCAAACUUGGGAAGUGAUACAAGAAGGCAGGAGACUCACCGGAGGUUGGAAAGAUUUCACCACAGCACAUGACCUUCAAAUCGGUGACAUUGUCAUCUUCAAACACGAAGGAGAUAUGGUGUUUCAUGUCACACCAUUUGGUCCUAGCUGUUGUGAGAUUCAGUAUACACAUCCUCACAUCAUCAAGGAAGAAGCCGAUGCGGAUGAUGUUCCUUCUUUCUCAUUUGACUAUUGUUUUCAGGCUGAGGUCACUGCUUCGAAUCUAAAAGAAGACAAACUUUAUCUUCCUGAGGGAGCUACGACUUGUACUGCUUUGAACAAACAAUGCCAAGAGAUAAUACUUGUCAACAAAGAGGGAAAUUCAUGGACUGUGAGUUUGCGAUUUAGCGAAGCAGACGGCAUGUAUUACAUCAGAAGAGGCUGGAGAAAGUUCUGUCGUGCUAACAGAUGCGCCAUAGGAGACUUAUUUGUGUUCAAUGUGGUUGGAGAUGGGAAAACUACUCCACUAAUGUGUGUAUGUCCGGAAAGGGAAGAGUGAUUUUGAACCUAAACUUAUGUAUGUCGAACCAGAAAUUUAUGUAUGUCUCUUUUUAUGGCUGACUAAUACUCAUAUAAUGGCUGGGUUAUUGUUUGAUUA